CCACUGUAAAGAAGAAAACCGUUAGAUUCUCCGCCAUUGCGGUCUUCUGCGCUUUAUUUUCCAAAUUUGGAAAAGUAACGGUAAACGCACUUCUUUAGUUGGUUAAACAUCAUGGUGUAAAUUAUUUAAUCAGCCACAGACGGUAUAAAAAUCUUUCUGUUGGUAUUUAGUAGGGUUAACAAUCGUCGACUUCAUUCGGUAGGGUGUGGUUCUGAAACAAACAAACUAAGUUACGAAUAUUAAAAACAGUCGAAAUUAGGUUUCGUUUAAAUCUGCAACAGUAUGAAGAAGACCUUCAAAUUCUUUCAGAUUGUUCUACUAAUAUGUGGAGUGUGUGUUGCUGAAGCAGAUGAAGUGAAGACAGUGAUGGAGGGAGAAUCUGUCACACUAAACACUGGUCUUACUGAAACACAGGAAAUAAUUGUGACACUGUGGAGGUUUGGAGAGUCAGGUUCCACUAUCGCUCAAAUGGAUAGAAAGGAGAUCUCAUAUCCCAAUCCCAACUCCAGUCACAUUGACAUAUUCAGAGGGAAACUGCAGAUGGAUCAGACUGGAUCUCUGACUAUCAACAACAUGAGAACCAAACACUCUGGACUUUAUCAACUAGAGAGCGACCUCAAAUCUGGGUCCUCACAUACAUUGACAUUCAAUGUUACUGUCUCUGAGUCUCCAUCUGUUCAUGUUGGUGAAGCUGAAAUGAAGAGUAUGUCAGUGAUGGAGGGAAACUCUGUCACUCUUCAGACUGAUGUUACUGAAACAAACGGAGAUGAGCUGAUAGUGUGGAGGUUUGGAGAUGAAGGAAAACUCAUAGCUAAAUAUGAUGUAGUCAAGAGCUCACCAUUACUCAACACUGAUGAGAGAUUCAGAGACAGACUACAGCUGGAUCAUCAGACGGGAUCUCUGACCAUCAUACACACCAGAACCACAGACUCUGGAGAAUAUACAUUGAAGAUCAACAGCAACAAACAGACCCUAUACAAGAGAUUCAUUGUUACUGUCAGUGCUGUUACAGAUCCAGGUCUGUCUUCAGGAGCUGUAGCAGGAAUAGUUAUUGUUGUUCUGCUGUUGUUCGCUGCUGCUGCUGCUGCUGGUCUGAUUUACCAUCGCCGACAGAUCUCUGAACUAGAAAGACAAAAGGAGAGGAUAUCAGUGGAAGAGGGAAACAAUCUGAUCAUAAACCCUGAAACUGAAAUACAGAAAGAUGAUCUGAUACAGUGGAGGUUUGGAUAUCAAGACAUUCUCAUCGCUGAAAUCAGUGGAGGGACUCUAAAAACACAUGAUGAUGCUGCUGAUGGGAGAUUCAGAGGCAGACUGAAGCUGGAUGAGAAGACUGGAUCUCUGAUCAUCACAGACAUGAGAACUAAACACACUGGAGAUUAUAAACUACAGAUCAUCAGCAGCAGAGGAAACACAAACAAGAGAUUUGUUGUUUAUGUCUCUGAGAGGAAGAUAUCAGUGAAAGAGGGAAAGAAUCUGAUCAUAAACCCUGAAACUGAAAUACAGAAAGAUGAUCUGAUACAGUGGAGGUUUAGAGACAUUCUCAUCGCUGAAAUCAGAGGAGGGACUCUAAAAACACAUGAUGAUGCUGAUGAUGGGAGAUUCAGAGGCAGACUGAAGCUGGAUGAGAAGACUGGAUCUCUGAUCAUCACAGACAUGAUAACUGAACACACUGGAGAUUAUAAACUACAGAUCAUCAGCAGCAGAGGAAACACAAACAAGAGAUUUGAUGUUUCUGCCUCUGAGAGGAAGAUAUCAGUGAAAGAGGGAAAGAAUCUGAUCAUAAACCCUGAAACUGAAAUACAGAAAGAUGAUCUGAUACAGUGGAGGUUUGGAUAUCAAGACAUUCUCAUCGCUGAAAUCAGAGGAGGGACUCUAAAAACACAUGAUGAUGUUGCUGGUGGGAGAUUCAGAGGCAGACUGAAGCUGGAUGAGAAGACUGGAUCUCUGAUCAUCACAGACAUGAUAACUGAACACACUGGAAAAUAUAAACUACAGAUCAUCAGCAGCAGAGGAAACACAAACAAGAGAUUUGUUGUUUUUGUCUCUGCGAGGAGGAUAUCAGUGAAAGAGGGAAAGAAUCUGAUCAUAAACCCUGAAACUGAAAUACAGAAAGAUGAUCUGAUAGAGUGGAGGUUUGGAGACAUUCUCAUCGCUGAAAUCAGAGGAGGGACUCUAAAAACACAUGAUGAUGCUGAUGAUGGGAGAUUCAGAGGCAGACUGAAGCUGGAUGAGAAGACUGGAUCUCUGACCAUCACAGACAUCACAACUCAACACACUGGAGAAUAUAAACUACAGAUCAUCAGCAGCAGAGGAAACACAAACAAGAGAUUUGAUGUUUUUGUCUCUGAGAGGGAGAUAUCAGUGGAAGAGGGAAAGAAUCUGAUCAUAAACCCUGAAACUGAAAUACAGAAAGAUGAUCUGAUACAGUGGAGGUUUAGAGACAUUCUCAUCGCUGAAAUCAGAGGAGGGACUCUAAAAACACAUGAUGAUGCUGCUGGUGGGAGAUUCAGAGGCAGACUGAAGCUGGAUGAGAAGACUGGAUCUCUGGUCAUCACAGACAUCACAACUGAACACACUGGAAAAUAUAAACUACAGAUCAUCAGCAGCAGAGGAAACACAAACAAGAGAUUUGAUGUUUUUGUCUCUGCGAGGGUGAUAUCAGUGAAAGAGGGAAAGAAUCUGAUCAUAAACCCUGAAACUGAAAUACAGAAAGAUGAUCUGAUACAGUGGAGGUUUGGAGACAUUCUCAUCGCUGAAAUCAGAGGAGGGACUCUAAAAACACAUGAUGAUGCUGCUGGUGGGAGAUUCAGAGACAGACUGAAGCUGGAUGAGAAGACUGGAUCUCUGACCAUCACAGACAUGAUAACUGAACACACUGGAAAUUAUAAACUACAGAUCAUCAGCAGCAGAGGAAACACAAACAAGAGAUUUGUUGUUUAUGUCUCUGCGAGGGUGAUAUCAGUGAAAGAGGGAAAGAAUCUGAUCAUAAACCCUGAAACUGAAAUACAGAAAGAUGAUCUGAUAGAGUGGAGGUUUGGAUAUCAAGACAUUCUCAUCGCUGAAAUCAGAGGAGGGACUCUAAAAACACAUGAUGAUGCUGCUGAUGGGAGAUUCAGAGGCAGACUGAAGCUGGAUGAGAAGACUGGAUCUCUGAUCAUCACAGACAUGAUAACUGAACUCACUGGAGAAUAUAAACUACAGAUCAUCAGCAGCAGAGGAAACACAAACAAGAGAUUUGAUGUUUUUGUCUCUGCGAGGGUGAUAUCAGUGGAAGAGGGAAAGAAUCUGAUCAUAAACCCUGAAACUGAAAUACAGAAAGAUGAUCUGAUACAGUGGAGGUUUGGAUAUCAAGACAUUCUCAUCGCUGAAAUCAGAGGAGGGACUCUAAAAACACAUGAUGAUGCUGCUGAUGAUGGGAGAUUCAGAGACAGACUGAAGCUGGAUGAGAAGACUGGAUCUCUGAUCAUCACAGACAUGAGAACUGAACACACUGGAGAUUAUAAACUACAGAUCAUCAGCAGCAGAGAAAUCACAAGCAAGAGAUUUGUUGUUUAUGUCUCUGCGAGGAGGAUAUCAGUGGAAGAGGGAAAGAAUCUGAUCAUAAACCCUGAAACUGAAAUACAGAAAGAUGAUCAGAUACAGUGGAGGUUUGGAUAUCAAGACAUUCUCAUCGCUGAAAUCAGAGGAGGGACUCUAAAAACACAUGAUGAUGCUGCUGGUGGGAGAUUCAGAGACAGACUGAAGCUGGAUGAGAAGACUGGAUCUCUGAUCAUCACAGACAUCACAACUAAACACACUGGAGAUUAUAAACUACAGAUCAUCAGCAGCAGAGAAAUCACAAGCAAGAGAUUUGUUGUUUCUGUCUUUGAGAACAUAUCAGUGGAAGAGGGAAAGAAUCUGAUCAUAAACCCUGAAACUGAAAUACAGGAAGAUGAUCUGAUACAGUGGAGGUUUGGAGACAUUCUCAUCGCUGAAAUCAGAGGAGGGACUCUAAAAACACAUGAUGAUGCUGAUGAUGGGAGAUUCAGAGGCAGACUGAAGCUGGAUGAGAAGACUGGAUCUCUGACCAUCACAGACAUCACAACUGAACACACUGGAAAUUAUAAACUACAGAUCAUCAGCAGCAGAGGAAACACAAACAAGAGAUUUGUUGUUUAUGUCUCUGGAAACCGAGUGAAUGAUACGACUAUAGAGAUGCCGCCGGUGAAUGAAGAGGAUCUGGAUGAAGAGAAUGAACAGGAGGGGAUGAGAUUACUUGUGGUGAGAUAAGACACACCCACUAGUGUCAAUCACUCUGACAUCAUCAACAUUUCAGCUCCAGCUACAACAACAAAACACAUUUCUGCUUAUAUGAGCCUUAAAGUGAGGAAUGAAGCCGUCUGUUGAGCUGUUAAACUUGUAAAAAAAAAAAAAGCUUCUUUGGUUUCAGAUGAACAGGGAAAUGUGUUUAUCAAACAGUUUUAUAUGUUGUUUUUAUAAUGUUACGCUUCAUAUCUGUUACUCUAUUAACAUAAUACUCAUCUGACUUUUACAGAUUUUAUUUUAUGUGAUUGCAAGUUUAAGUAAUUAUGCUUUUUAUAAUUGCUUUGCCACAGCAGUAUUUCUAUAACCUGUGAAUGUGGUGUUUUAUGUAAAUAACACCAGUGCCAGAUUAAUGUGGAUGUUCAGCAUUGAUCACUGAGAUCACAUGACCUUUGUUACACUUUUAUUGUAAAAAAAAAAAAAAAAAAA